CUGUUCCUCUACACACUGUGUUGUGUUCAUUUCCGUGUAAGUUUCUGUUUCAGGAGUUGAAGUAGGGUUAUAAAUGCCUCUGAAGAGAGCAGUGAUUGUGCCGGGAAACGGCGCCGGGAAUAUUGAGCACUGCAACUGGUAUGGAUGGGCAAAGAAACGAAUACACGAGAUCCCUGAUAUGUCUUGUGCACUGAAGAACAUGCCAGAUCCUGUAACUGCCAGAGAGAGCAUCUGGCUACCGUUCAUGAAGAAGGACCUGGAAUGUGAUGAAGAAACGGUCAUCAUCGGACACAGUUCAGGAGCGGCUGCAGCCAUGAGGUAUGCAGAAACACACAAAGUUUUUGCUAUUAUUCUGGUAGGCGCGUACACAUCAGACCUGGGCGAUGAGAAUGAACGCGAGAGUGGAUAUUUCAGCCGGCCAUGGGAAUGGGAAAAGAUCAGAACAAAUGUGAAGCACAUAAUUCAGUUCGGAUCUACAGACGACCCAUUCCUGCCCUGGGAAGAGCAACAGGAAGUGGCUGAUGGACUAAAGGCACAUUUACAUAAAUACUCAGAUCGUGGACAUUUCCAGAACACAGCCUUUCCAGAGCUCAUCGACGCAAUAAAAAAGCUCAAAAGCAGCAGCUGAAUACAAAAACUAACCUUUAACUUAUUGCGUAUUUAAAAAAUAAUCAAAUUUUAUUUCUUAGGGGCCAAAUCAAUCAUGGGUCUUAGAAGAAGUGAUGGCAGUAUAUUAUUGUGGCAGAUGCUAAAACCACUUUCAUUUAUUUUCAAUACAUCAUGUAAAUCCACAAAUACUCAAGUUUUCUGUACAGUAGUACACAGAAAUCCACACAUCUGAAAUAAAAUGCCUGUGUAAACUGAGUCACAAUGAACUGAAUAAUUAAUACAAAAUUAAAGAUGUACAAGUAAUGGCA